CAGGUUUGCUUUUCAUCUUCUUUCCGUCCUCGUUGCCGUCGCUUUUCCUCCUCGCUAUUUCUUCGUGGCUGCUUCGGCUUCGUGCUUCGCGAUAGAGUCGCUAAAGCAGUUCGAAGGCGUCGGAUCGUAAGUCACGACGGGAGCUCGCUCGCUGCGUAGGUAAACAUCUUCGCCUCCUUCUUCAAGACGGAGCUCGCUCGCUUGCAGCGGAAGAAACUUUGCGAAUCCGUAAAUCCUGUUUAAUCCGCCGAACGACGGGAUUUAGUAAAUAUCCUGUUUUUAAGAGGAAUUCGGAUUUAGUGGAGCUCGAAAACUGUUUGGCAGGAUUUACCGUAAAUCCAGCCUCAACUUCGCUACCAAACAGCCCUUUAAGUUAAAUCUUGCUUACAUACUGCUGCCGAACGGCCUCUUCUGUGAAAGCUCCGGGCGUUCUUCGCGGCUCUUGACGCCACUUGCUUUCGAUUAGCUUAUUUUGUUUCAGAGCCUUGUUUGUAAGGAAUGCAAGUUGUGGUUCCAUUUAUAUGUCAUGAGAGUCCUCUACCAUCAACAAAUCUUCAAAGGCGUGGCCUGUAAAUUUAUAAUGAUACGUGAUUAAGUGGAGUAACAGUUCUAAACUUGACCUCCAGUGAAAAAAAGGGUUACCGUUGCCCUGAAUCUACUUUAUCCAAACAAAUAGCUCCAGGUAAAUUGGAUACGGUGCGCUUACUUUGCUCGUCAGGCUUAAAGUAUGUGCAUUCUAAAUGAUUCUAAAGGCGUGCAACCAAAGGACCCCAAAUUGCAGGAAGUCGCCUAUUGGUGCAGUUAACAGAUCUCGUCAGAUAUUUUACAGUCGAUAGAGGAGAAAGUUUGGAGCUGUGCGUGCUCCCAGUGAGAGAAGAGCCUAGUUGAGAGGAAAACUAGGGCUUCAACAUUCAAUUCAAAUGGGUCUGGUGAAUCUCAGUCGGAUGCUUUUGUUCUCAGCUAUCAUUAGGUUGUUUUUGUUGAUAUAUGGGGAAUGGCAGGAUGCCCACAUGGAGGUCCGUUACACUGAUGUUGACUACCUUGUGUUCUCAGAUGCGGCUGCCAUGGUAGCUGCUGGAAGGUCACCAUUUGAGAGAUCAACUUACCGUUACUCUCCGCUUUUGGCUUUCUUUCUUGUACCCAAUUGCUUCCUCCAUCGAUCAUGGGGGAAGAUCCUUUUCUCCGCCUCUGAUUUGCUGGUGGGAUUAUUUGUUUACAGCAUCUUAAAGCAGCGCGGUGUUCCUGAGAAAGUCUCACUAUGGUGUGUGGCUGCUUGGCUUUUCAACCCAUUUACUUUCACCAUUGGUACCAGAGGAAACUGUGAACCUAUAGUCUGUGCAGUGGUUCUAUGGAUUAUCUUAUGUCUUAUGAAUGGUAAGGUGUGUCAGGCAGCAUUCUGGUAUGGGCUUAUCGUUCACUUCAGAAUUUACCCAAUCAUAUAUUGCCUUCCUUUUGUGCUAGUUAUUAGCAAUAAGAAGAGUGUCGGUCCUUCUGAAAAGCCUAUCCUUAGCCAAUGGGUCUCAACUCACAAAAUCUUACUAGAAAGCUCUUGUUCAAAGGUGGCUAGUUCAUAUUCAAUUUGGUUUUCUGUAAGGGCCAUCUUCACAAAAGAAGCUGUUUUAUUUGGGCUUUUAUCUGGAUCUGUCUUUUUUACAUUUACUGCUAUUUUUUUCCAUCUGUAUGGAUGGGCGUUUUUGAAUGAAGCCCUGCUAUAUCAUCUUACGCGCACAGAUCCAAGGCAUAACUUUUCCAUCUAUUUCUACUAUAUUUAUCUUCAUCACCAGGAAGGUUUCUCAGCUUUAGAAAAGCUCGUCUCUUUUUUGCCUCAGUUGAUCGUGCAGUUCACUGUAGUCUUGCAAUUCUAUGAAGAUCUCCCGUUUUGCCUAUUUCUUCAGACAGUUGCAUUUGUUUCGUUUAAUAAGGUCAUUACCGCGCAGUAUUUUGUAUGGUUCUUCUGCCUGUUGCCACUUAUUCUUCCUUGGAGUAGAAUGAGACUUAAAUGGACAGGUUUCCUCUGCAUCUCUUUAUGGAUAGGAUCACAAGCACACUGGCUUAUGUGGGCUUAUCUGCUAGAAUUCAAGGGUCGUAAUGUCUUCUUACAACUAUGGUUGGCAAGCAUAUUAUUCUUGGCUGCAAACACUAGUGUUUUGCUUAUUCUGAUGCAGCACCACGUCUACGCACCACUUUUUCAGCCAUUAGUUCAUUCUCGUGAGGAAAACUCAGGAAAGUUGGAGUGAUCUUUAUCCAAAUUUUUAGUUUUGAGCGCGUUCUCUUGCUGUUUCAGUUUGACUUGACAAAUUUUCAUGCAAAAUGUAUCUAUCUUUUUUAUUUAUUAUUUUACAAAUUUUGAGAA